GGGCCAUGCCUGCCCCGAGCCCCGACGGCGCGGCGGCGGGGCCGGCGCUGCACCAUGGCCGCUGAGAACGGCUCGGCGGAGGGCGGCGGAGCGGCCUGGGGGCUGCCCGGUCCAUUCUCCUCUUACCUCGGGGGGUUAACCACAGGCAUCUCUGUUUGGAUGAAAGCAGAUUUUCUGUCCAUCAUUCUUGCCACCUUUCAUAAAUAAUUCCACGUAGCCGGCUGAGAGGGCUGGUUUCACCACGUACUUCUCCACAGCCAGCACAGCUGCAGCUGCAGUGUGACGUGGGACUGGGGGAAGGGGACAACAUUUCCCAGCAUUGCUGGCUGAUGGCACUCAUGUGGCCCCUUCCCCCUCUCGUGCCUGUUGGGGCUUGGCUGUGAACCAGACCAAGCCAAAUUACCCAGUUUCAGCCUUGUUUGGGUUUUCAGCACCUGCCUCCAAGCAGUGUCACCCCUUUGUUAAAGCCACCUCUGUUGGAAAGGCUGGUGUCCCCCCCCCAGAAGAUGUUGUGGGCCUCGGAUGAACUCCUCGGGGCUGAAGCUGUAGUGUAACUUGCUGUUUUCCCUGUCCUAGAUUUCAUCUUCCAGAAGGAGCUGUUUGCUGCCAGAGACACAGACCCCAUGCACAACCUCUCUGCUCAGCCCUGGCAGGCGAAGAUGGCCAACCUGACCUACGACAAUUUCACCCUGGGCAACCGCUCCGAGGUGGCCAUCCAGCCUCCCACCAACUACAAGACGGUGGAGCUGGUUUUCAUCGCCACGGUCACGGGCUCGCUCAGCCUCGUCACUGUGGUGGGGAACAUCCUGGUGAUGCUGUCCAUCAAGGUGAACCGCCAGCUCCAGACUGUCAACAACUACUUCCUCUUCAGCCUGGCCUGUGCGGACCUCAUCAUCGGGGUCUUCUCCAUGAACCUCUACACGGUCUACAUCAUCAAAGGCUACUGGCCGCUGGGGCCCGUGGUGUGCGACCUGUGGCUGGCCCUGGACUACGUGGUGAGCAAUGCCUCUGUCAUGAACUUGCUCAUCAUCAGCUUUGACCGGUACUUCUGUGUCACCAAGCCCCUGACAUACCCGGCCAGGAGGACCACCAAGAUGGCGGGGCUAAUGAUCGCGGCCGCGUGGAUAUUGUCCUUCGUUCUCUGGGCCCCUGCCAUCUUGUUCUGGCAGUUCAUUGUGGGCAAGAGGACAGUCCCCGAGAGGGAAUGCUACAUCCAGUUCCUCUCCAACCCAGCGGUGACCUUCGGCACGGCCAUCGCUGCUUUCUACCUGCCUGUGGUCAUCAUGACAGUGCUGUACAUCCACAUCUCCCUGGCCAGCAGGAGCAGGGUGAGGAGGCACAAGCCUGAAAGCAGGAAAGAGAGGAAAGGCAAAUCCCUUAGUUUCUUCAAGGGCCCCCUGAUCAAGCAGAACAACAAUAACUCCCCCAAGAAGGCCAUGGAGGUGAAAGAGGAGGUGAGGAAUGGGAAAGUGGAUGACCAGCCCUCAGCACAGACAGAGGCCACUGGCCAUCAGGAGGAGAAGGAGACCUCCAAUGAGUCCAGCACUGUCAGCAUGACCCAGACCACAAAAGACAAGCCCACGGCAGAAAUCUUGCCAGCGGGGCAAGGACAGAGCCCGUCCCACCCCCGGGUGAACCCAUCUUCCAAGUGGUCCAAGAUUAAGAUCGUCACCAAGCAGACUGGGACCGAAUGUGUCACCGCCAUCGAGAUCGUCCCGGCCAAGGCAGGAGCCUCUGACCACAACUCCCUGGCCAACAGCCGCCCGGCUAACGUUGCCAGGAAGUUUGCAAGCAUCGCCAGGAGCCAAGUACGGAAGAAGCGCCAGAUGGCAGCCCGGGAGAAGAAAGUCACCCGCACCAUAUUUGCUAUCCUGCUAGCCUUCAUAAUCACAUGGACUCCAUACAAUGUGAUGGUCCUCAUUAACACCUUCUGUGAGACCUGCGUACCUGAAACGGUGUGGUCCAUUGGCUACUGGCUCUGCUACGUCAACAGCACCAUCAACCCAGCCUGCUACGCCCUCUGCAAUGCCACUUUCAAGAAAACCUUCAAGCACCUUCUCAUGUGCCAGUACAGGAACAUUGGCACAGCCAGAUAAACUGGCACUCAGGGACCACUUCAGCAACGUUGCGGAAGCCCUUCCCUUUGCCUCCGUUGCUGGUGGGGUAGGGGGUGGUGGUGGUGUCUUCUGCUCCCCACUCGUGACAGCGCAGACUAUGCAGUGAUUGCAGCUGAUGCCCUUCAUCCAGUGCAGACAAAGGUCCAAGGCACCUCUGAGCUGCAGCUCCUUCCAGUCACCCCGGGCCUAGGGACCAGCUCGGGGAGCCAGCGGGAAAACCGGAGGCAAGAGGAGGAGAUAUGGUCACCAGGAGCCCUCCUCAGUGAGAGGCUGGCCAAACGGCAUCAGUGUUUGCCCUAAGACUGGAUGCCUCUUCUCCCCCUGGCUGACCAUCUCCAGGGCAUCAGAGUGUGUCUGCAUGCAGACGGGCUUAAUGCUGGAUGCUUUCAGUAGGCUUUAAAACCAUUUAUUACCCCAGAAAUGAAAAGAAACCAGGGCCAAAUAUUUGCCAGCCAUCUUGGACCAGGCUGGCUUGGGCAUGCUCAUGGGUGGGAGUCCUGCUAACCCAGCCAGACCCCUUCCCCAAGCAAUCAAAAUUGCACCCUAGCAGCUGUGACAAGCUCCUUCCUUUCCCUUGAGAGAUGUCAUUGUACGUCCUCACCCAGGGACUGUUGUGGGGGUGGGGAUUUGGCCCUGCUCUCCCCUUCAUGCCCUUUCUGCCCCCAGCCAGCAAUCGGCUGGACAGACAGACAAAUCAAGCAUCUCGCUCCUGGCUGAGGUGUGUGAAACCCGGUCGCCUCCUACAACGAUGGAAACUAAAACUGCAAAGAAAAGCAGUGGUGUGGUGCAGGACUUCUCGCCGUGGCCCCCCGAGAAGUGGGCAGCAGCGGCAGCGAAAAUAAGUGUCCUUGGGAGGGGACGGGGGAAGCUGGGGGCCUUGGAGAGGGUUGGGAAGAGGGUCUGCAGUGUGGCCAAGGUGCCCCAUGUCUCACCUGGGCCAUGAGUGGGUCCCUGUUCUCCCCAUGGUGGGUGUGGGAGGGCUGAUGCACAGCUCUGGGGGUCGAGAGGAUGGCCGUGGUCCCCAGCCCCACUCCUGCCCCAGUGCAGAGGGGGGUGCGUCAGGGAGGCCAAAGGAUCUGGCUGCUGAGCUUUGUGAAUGGAUGUAACCCGGUGUCACGGCAGAGCCCUCAGCAUGUGGGCUCCAGCCAGUAUCUCCACCCCCCUUCCACACCCCCCCAGCCCACCCCGGGAUGGCUCCUCAGCUUCUCCCAACACCAGGUCUCUGCAAGCCUUGGUGGCCACAGCCGGGUGCAGGCAAGGGACAGGACGGGGCCACGCUGGCACCGGCAAACCACGUCUGUACGUCCUUCCCAUCCCCAUGCCAGGGCAAUGCUGUGCAACAUGGAGAAAGAUUGGGGACAGAUGGGGACAACCCCCGUCUCCUUUAGGGUAAUAAUUCACAUAGUGGUGCCCAAACUGUCUGGCAGGUUUGUUUUGUUUUGGUUUUUUUUUUUUUUAAACUGUUAUAACCACGGCCCAACCCACCCUGAGACAAAUAAAGACCUCGGACCAGAAACCA